AUGAGGAGUUUAACUACUUGUUAUAGUGAACAUGCCAUCAAAGUAUCGGAUUCAUAUUGUUCAGGCCAUUCAAACCAGGCCUAUGUUUCCCCUAACCAGACACCUUCAAUUCCCAAUACUGUUACUUGUAUAUAUAAAAAACUUUUAUCUCAAAAAAGCCUCUUGAUCACCCUCACAUGGUGCAAUAAGCUGCUACGCCAAGGCCUCUCCAUCAAUAUUAGUGACUCCAUGUCAUCCCCUUCAAAAUUCAAUUCCAGUUUUCAUCACCUGCCAAAAACUAAAGGCUCCAAGACAUUCCAAUCUUGCAAUUCAAAGAUUAAAGUUUUAUGGGAUCUUUCUGCUGCUUAUUACGACACCGGGCCUGAGCCCAUCAGUGGGUUUUACGUGUUGGUUUUGGUGGAUUCAGAACUUGGCUUAUUCCUUGGAGAUAUGGAAGAAGAAGCAGCUUGUCUAGAUGGCCUCAAAACAAAACCACAGCCGUUAAAAUCCUCCAUGGUUUCUCGAAGUGAGCAUUUCUCGGGCAAUGCUAUUUAUUCGACCAAGGCGAAGUUCUGCGAUUCUGGGACAGCUCAUGAUAUAUUAAUCAAGUGCAACGAGGAUGAAAAUGAAUCGAAGAAUCCUGUAUUGUCUGUGUGCAUUGAUAAUAAGACGAUUUUUCAAGUGAAGAGAUUGAGGUGGAAUUUUAGGGGGAAUCAGACAAUAUUCUUGGAUGGGUUAUUGGUGGAUAUGAUGUGGGAUUUGCAUGACUGGUUCUUUAAAGAAGCUUCUGGGUAUGCUGUUUUUAUGUUCAGGACAAGAAGUGGAUUGGAUAGCAGGUUAUGGCUGGAGGAGAAGAACUCGGGGCAGAAGGGACAAGACAGGGCAGAGUUCUCCUUGUUAAUCUGUGCCUGUAAGAAUCCGGGGUGA